GAGAAGUGGAAGAAAAAAAACGGUAAUAGGAAGCAGAGGAAAAUGCAAUUGCAAAGGCAUUGAUUGGAUCCAUAUAUGAUAUUGCAUAGCACUAUACCAUACCCUAAACCCUCCAUUAAGCGCACACUCUCCCUUCAUGUUCAUGUAGCUUUGCGGAGACACAAACAUAAACCACAACCUAAGACCUUAAAUUGAAGACACUUGAGUUUCUCCUUUUACAAACAAUCAUCACAUAACUGAGGUUGAAGGCAUGGCCGAAGAUCGCAGCGAUGAAGCAGCCACCACCGUACCUCCAGGCUCAUCCAUUCCCUCCUGCGAUAACUCCGUUUGGGCCGAUGUGUCUCCCCUCCUUCAUGCCGCUUGUCAAGAUCUUCAAGAGGGAGAGCUCAUCCACGGUGAUAACUUCAAUCUAUUUGCUGCCAUGUCUGCUUUGGAGAUAAUGGAUCCAAAGAUGGAUUCUGGCAUUGCUUGUACAUACUACUCUCUUGAGGAAGCCAUUGAGAAUGGUGUUGCUCCAGUUCCUAUUAGUACUGAUAAAACUACUGAUGUUGGAUGUGUGAUUGACAUCAUGGACCAUCUACUAGCUUGUGAGGCAACAUGGCACAAGGGUCAUUCAUUGGCACAAACUGUCUAUUCUUGCCUCUAUCUCUUACGACCUGAAAGGACAUCAUCACAUGCCUUGUUGCACUCUUACUGUAAAGUCAUACGUGCAACCUGCAAAGCAGUUCUUUCAGUUGUCUCAGAUGCACGAACACAUGAAGAAGAGGAUCUAUUUACAAUGGCAUAUGGCCUUCCUCUAAGUGGAGAUGGAGAUGAAAAGUGUUUGUCAAUGUUAAAUGCUGUUGAAGAAACAAUAUCUCGCCAAUUGCGUGCUUGUAAGGCUUCAUCAUCUAAAAGAAGAGUUUUAGAAGAUAUAGAGCCACUUCAAAAUAAUCCUGAUCUGGAAGAAGGCUAUUGCAAAGCACUGUUAUGCCGAUUACGUUUUCGUAAGCAUUUUUACCAUCUUUUGAUGUCUAUAAAACGACCCCUAGGAAGAGGUUUGGAGUUAGCAAGAAAGCACAUAACUUCAUGCAUUUCGGAGAUUGAUCUCAUUCGAAAAUCUUCAGAAUUUCUUAGAGCAAAUGCUCAUGGAAUGUCUGAGCAAAACAUAGAUAAUACAACUGCAUCUGGUUGUCAACCAAUUGGGUUUGAUGCUAGUUUGAACUGUAGACUAUCAGCCCCGACACCACCACGAGCAAUCAAAAUUCUAUGCUGGGAAAAGGCUCUUGAGUAUUUUAUAAAACUUCUUCGAGAUCUAGACAUUAUAUGUGCCUACACAUUGGACCCAUCACUGGAGGCUGCUUUACUCUUUGUGGUUAAAUUCCAGAAAUCUCAACCUGAUUUGAUUUCAAGAUCCCAUCUUCAGCUACUGCUGGUCCAGGAUGGGAAACUCUAUGGACGGGAUUCUAUGUUUUCUAUGAUCACCAAAGCUGCUGGAUUACCUGAGGUCACAGAGAAUCAUGACAUUCAGAAAAAUGAAUUUAUGGUGCAACUAGAACAGUUGGUGAUAAAUUUACUCAAAAUUCUUUGUACAAAUGCUGCAUGGCAAAGACGUAAGCUAGGGAAAAUGUUGCAAGACUGGCGUGUCACAUAUGUACAGCUGGAGAUGGCUCUCAAAAAGGAGUUUGAAGAAUCCUCAAAAAUUUCAAACAAUAAGAAAAUAUGUUUCAAAAUAUACCAACACAUUCUAGCGUGGGUGGAAGAGCAAACUUAUUGGAUAGCUUUUCGAUUUCUCAAUUUGGGAUUUGAAUUGGAACUCUACUCCAUCCAUGAUUAUUGCAUGGUAUACUGGUAUAUUUAUGCUGUGCUGAUCAAGCUUGCGGAGAAGAAACAUCUUCGAAUGGCAAUGAGCAGUGAUGCAGCUAAGAAAAAGGCAAAGAAAAAAAAGGAUGCUUUUAAGGAUGCAGAAAUGGAUUAUCAGAUUCCAGCAGCUGUCUUGUUUCUUCAGAGCCAAAUAUAUCUAGCUGAAGGGCUAAGCAUGAUGUUUGCUGCUUUGAGGAAUGAGCACAGAAUUGUUCAACUGCAAAGCCCUUUCAAUACAGAACACGAGAUAUUUAUUCAGCAAUUCGAGCUUUUACAGAAAGCUUGUGUUCCUGAUCACAUUUCAUAUGUGACAUACAAGGAGUCAACUAUCCAUGCUAACUUCUCUACCCUGGCUAUAUGUGAUUACUUCAAGGAAGCUCAGAGGAUUGCAAAAGAGGUGAAAAGUAGUUUUGCCAAUGACCCUGACGCCAUGGCUGAGCUGCGCAGAGUAGAGCAAGUAGCAGAGCGCAACAGCAUUGCCUUGAAUGUUUGCCGGGUAGGAGCCCUUGACCCAAAGUUGAAGAUUUCUUUUACAUUCUGCCACCAUCCCUUCUUUGCUACUGCUAUUGUCAAGAGAUCCUGAAUAUAGAUUCAACCAAUUUUGAAACAUGUUAUAGGGUGUUAGAAGCAAAUGGGUUGUGCCAUUAGCAGUUGUAACACUAGUAUUUAUUCAAACAAAUUUUGCGGUUCGUAUAUUAGAUUGAAAUUGUAAUUUUUUUAUGAGAAAGAAAUAAAAAAAAUAUUUAUAGCUUCCAUAGCUGCACCCAAAAACUUUUUUUUUGUCACUUGGGCUACUUUUUUAAGCUGAAAUUGCAGUGCUUCCUACUUGCUUCACUCUUGUAAUUUGUAAGGGCAUACUACUCGAAGCAUUAUACUUAGAUGAUGAUUUUUUUUUGUUUACCCUCAACAUUAGGAAGUUACAUUGGGUUCUCAGUAGUUCAGAUU